UUGGUUAUAAUCUAGUCAGUUAGUUGGGGUAAUCGUAACAUUGCGUCUGGCAACACCAGUAUUGUGCCAUGCCCUAGCGAACGGACGGAGGCGACGAACGACUGUUUAUGUAAACUUUCUGUCAAGUGGAUAACUGUUUCAAAAUAGUGAUACUUCGCGUAAAAUAACAUCUCGCAUUUCAAUCGCGUUGUGGCUACGCUAGUUUUCAUAAAAUUAUUCGUGCUUCCUCCGUGCAAAGCACAAUUAUGACGAUUCCAGUGCCUUACAUCCUGUGAAAAAAAGGUUGAAAAACAUGUUUUAAAUUAGUCAGUUCAUUGUUUCUUUAGUUUUGUUGUUGUAUAUCAGUGUAAAUAACAGUUUUAAAACUCUCUUUUAUAUUAACGAGAAAGCUUUAGGUGUUCUGUGAUUAAAAAUACUGUUUAUGUGCAUGUCAAUAAAAUGUUUUCUAGUGUGUUUGACUAAUCAAAAAUGUCUUGUAUCUCGACAUGAUUACGAAUAAAACUAACAGAGUGCAAGCUAUUAAAAGUAAAUUUGAGAGCCUGAACCACGAGAGUGAACCACUAAUAGUCAAAAAGACUGUGCGGCGAGAACAGCUGGGUAAACAAAAGUCAUACCCCAUUCAAAAUGGUGGCAGUUUCGAAGAAAACUUUCAGAAUAGUUACGACAAAUCGUCGUUUGACGACAAAAUGCGGCAAGAAUCUGACUCAUCCGCCGAAGACUGGCCGGCUGCACCAAACCUAAGUUAUUUAUAUACUAAAAGUGACGUUAAACGCAGUGUAAGUGAUCUAAAAACAUCUCUAACCCGCCAAUCCAGUGACCCCGGGAAGAAACUCCAUAGAAGUCACGCAUUUCGUUGUGACAGGAGCAAGAUCCAGCCUCAAAGACACGGCAGUUGCAACGGCAGAAGCGAAACCAGUGAUUUUACUCUAAAAAUGGAUAAAAAGCUAAGCAAUGAGCGGUUAAAAAAGCUUGGAAAUUUGUUAGAAGAUCAAAUGAGGAAAGAAAACUUUGUAGUGCCAAAAAAUUGCUCCGUCUUACAUGACUCUAUACCGAAUUCUGAGGUGCCAAAACAUAUUCUAGAUCAGUAUGCAAUGGUAAUUAAAACUAGGAAAAAUGAUGAGGCGAAACAAGAUGCCAUGACAGACAGCGGAGUUAGUUCAGAGACUGAAAAUUUAGAUGAUGAUAAAUCAAAUAGAAUUAAGAAGUUAAAAUCUCAUUUUGAGGCUGAUACAGAACCUGAUAAGGAAGAAGAAUCUAAAGAUUCCAUUACUGAAUUAAAGGAUUCUGCCAUUGAAAACGAAUUUGACUCCAAGGCAUGCUUAGAAUUUAAACCGAACUUGACUUCCAUGAAUGACUUGUGUACUUCCAGUGAAACGAUGCGUUUAGAACGCAAAAAUCCACAUUUAAUCCUGACUGACACUUUAAAGAAAGCUCUUAAACAGCCAUUACCGUCUGGUCCUCCUCCGAAGAAACCACCCAGAAUUUUAGUGACACCAGAAAAGAAAAAAGACACAAAACAGAUGUUGCAAAAGUUAGAACAAGUCUUAGAGCAGAGGGAAGCACAGAAAGUUAAAAACAUCUAUGAUAUCGCUGAGACUAACUUAAGCAUACAAAGGCCAAAAGAAAUGCACUAUUUGUGUACUGAAAUUUUAGAUAUAACACAUAGAACUCUAUUACCGAAUCAGACACAAAACGAUUCACUUGCUAAUUGUUUUAAUGCUUUAAACUGUGCUAUUGGUAACUCAACGACAAGUCUACCUUACACAAGAUUGAGCGCAACAUUUAACUCGAAUCGUAACUCUAGAUUUUGUUCAUGUAGCGAUGAAAGUUUACACGUAGAUGCAGAUGAUUUUCUGAAGGAGAAAAAAUGUGCAAAAUGUGUCGGUAAUGAUGGGAAGAACUUUAAAUGCCAUUUAAAAUGUAAAUGUAAGGAGGAAAAGUCGGAAUUCUUUGUGGAACCGGAGCAUGUGUAUGAUGUGCCGAUCGUUGAGAAGAAAUAUGGGACAAUAAACAGUGCCAAGGUGAAGCAGAGGAGUCUGGAAAGUCUUAAGAUGGAUGAGGAAAUAAUCUACGACACCCCCCACCACUCUCGUCCUUCCACCCCCGAGCCGACUGACUUCCAAAAACUGCGUGACAGCUUCGAGAAACCAGCACUAAAACCGAAACCGAUACUGAAACCGAAGAGUUUCGAGAACAUCUGCGAGUCGGGGCAGCAGAAGAGGUUUAAGAAGUACGCUACAGAGAGGAAGAGUAGGAGAUUGGAUGGGUGUGAAGUGAGGUUCGGAAGGGAGAAGAGCGGGCAGUUGGACGUGGAUAGACAAAAUGUGAGUAUUACUAUUAAUGUAAGAAUAUCUGCGAGUCGGGGCAGCAGAAGAGGUUUAAGAAAUACGUUACAGAGAGAAAGACUGCGGUUGGAUGGGUGUGAAGGGAGGUUCGAGAGGGAGAAGAGCGGGCAGUUGGACGUGGAUAGAUGA